AUGGCAGAGGAGGAAGCCAAGAAGGCCGAGCCCCAGCCGGAGACUUCCUCGGAAGCUCCACCUGCGCCUGCACCUGCACCUGCACCUGCACCUGCACCUGCACCUGCACCUGCACCGGCGCCGGCGGCUGAGCCGGUGGAGACUCCGAAGGACGUGGCUGAGGAGAAGACCGUGACCCCGCCGCCUCCCACUGAGGAGAAAGUUGAAGAGUGCAAAGCCCUUGUCGUGGUUGAAAAACCUGCAGCUGCUGAGGAGAAAAAAGCAGAGGGCUCUAUGGACAGAGAUGCUGUGCUGGCUCGUGUUGCGACCGAGAAGAGGUUGUCUCUAAUCAAAGCAUGGGAAGAAAGUGAAAAGUGUAAAGCUGAAAACAAGGCUCAAAUGAAAGUAUCUGCCAUUGAAGCUUGGGAGAACAGCAAGAAAGCGAGUCUAGAGGCUGAGCUUAAAAAGAUCGAGGAGAACAUGGAGUUGAAGAAAGCAAAAUAUAUCGAGAUAAUGAAAAACAAGAUUGCUCUCGUUCACAAGGCAGCCGAAGAGAAAAGGGCGAUAAUCGAAGCCAAACGAGGUGAAGGUCUUCUCAAAGCAGAGGAAACUGCGGCAAAAUACCGUGCCACAGGGACUGCUCCGAAGAAGCUGCUCGGCAUCUUUUGA